AAUUCUUUCUUUUUUCCCAACUAUUCUCAGCCUCGCCCCUCGAGCCCUAGAAAACCACUACCCUUUUCCCGUCGCGGCGGCGCGGGAGGCGAGGUCACCGGCCGGCGGGUCCUACCCCUUCUCCCCGUCCGCUUGUCCAGCCGAAUCCCACCCCCGAGCGGGCGCCUCCGUCCGCCGGAUCCCAGCGCGCCGCCCGGCGGUCGCCCGAGGGGUUCUCCUCCUCUCGCCGCCGCCACCCCCCCCCCCCCCCCGGCGCUCUCUGCUGGUGCUGGCCCGGCGUGGAGCGGAGCGGGUAUACAAUCGAGCUCGGGUCGAUUUUGUCUUGGACCUUUUUGUUGCUGUGCAGAUGCCAGAAGCAGAGUGGAAUGAUGAACGCACUAGAAUUAUCUGUGAACUCUUUGUCGAACAAGUUCAUGCUGGGAACAGGCCAAACACCCAUCUGAACAACAUUGGUUACCGUACAGUUGCCGCCAAGUUUCAGCAGAGGACACAGCUUCUCUAUACAAAGUUGCAGCUUAAGAACAAAUGGGAUAAGUUUAAGAGUGAUUACAUCACUUGGAAGAAGCUGCUUGUAGUGGGGGCGGGUUUACCCUGGGAUGCGGCAAGGGGAACAUUUGUUGCUGACGAUGAAUGGUGGAAGAAGACAAAUAAGGAGCUGCCUGGUGCAAGGAGAUACCGCAAUCUUGGUCUGCAACAUGAGGAUAAGUUGAAAAUAAUGUUUGACUACAUCACCAGUAAUGGCGUGGAUCCUUCGCCACCUGCUCCAGAAAGCCCGAAAAAUGGUGUUGAUCAUUCGCCACCUGCUGCUGACAGCCCCAUGAAUGGAGUGGAUCAUUUGCCUCUGAUUGCAAAUGAUCUGCCAUCUGCUCCAGACAGCCCCAUGAAUGGAGUGGAUCAUUUGCUGCAGACCACACAUGGUCUCCCAUACGCUCAAGAAACCACCAUGAAUGGUGUGCACCUGGAUGUAUCAGACAACAACGCUGAAGAUAAUGAUGACACUCAUCAAGAGCCUAUGUUUCAGUAUACCUCAAACAGGAGGAAGAAGAGACCUAUUCAUGUGAUUGCGACGAGGAACAAGAAAAGUAAGGCUGAAACUGCUCUGCUCAUGCAGUCUCACUUGAGUUGCAUAGCGGAGCUGGCUCAAAAGGCACAGGACACUUUUGAAAAGUUCAGCUCCCAGGCUGACACACAGCCAUGGCCUAGCAUCCGGGAUGUCAUGACAAUGGUUCGUGAAUGUGGAGCACGGUCUGGAAGCAACGAACAUUUCAUUGCGACUGAGCUGUUCAUCAGCAGAGAACAGAGGGAGAUGUUCCUGACCAUGGAAACGGCCGAAGAACGGUUCCAGUGGCUUCGAAGAAAGUAUAUCGUCAAGUAUCUAUCAAAUACAAGUUUGGGUCCUAGAUAAAUGACCCUAGACCUUUGUUUUAGGUUCAGUGAUAAAUGUUUAGUUUUUUUUUGACGUGACUCAUUUUUUAUCGUAUCCUGACUAGUGUGCUGUAUAUCCUGACAAGUAUGGUUGUAAAGUCUCAUCUAAGAAUGCGUAGCUGUACUGUGGUCUCAAUUGUUCUCUGUGUAGCAUUAUCUUUUUAUGAUAUUUAUGUCGACAUAAAUUACUUAUGUA